ACGCCCACAUCUCUACAAAAAAACCAGCCUUUGAAGUCGGCAGGAUUUUACGGCAUUUAUGGGAGCCCUGUUCUUCUCCUUCUUCGUUGACUUGGGGUUUCCAUUUCCCAGUUCUUCUCGUCCCUUUCUUAAAGUCGGCAUCUUCCUUUGCUUUCUCCAGUUUUCUCCUACCCAGCACCUUCUUCAAGGGUUUGUUCUUAUUUGAAUAGCCUUUGUUGUAGCUAUUUGCAAAAUGCUGGCUCCUAGUGUUACUGCUCCCUUGCGGCCUUCAUUGUCUACCGGACAUCGAUUAGAGUCACGAAUUGAAUGCAGUAGCCGUUGUGACUCAGUUAGAAUUCCGAAUCGGAUUAGGCCAAGGGAACUUGGCUUGCAAUCACAACCUAGUGUAGGAAGAAGUAGAAAACAAUCUUCAUCCAUUGCAUGCACCGCAACUGCUUUGCAGAACGCAACUUGCAGUGCAUCAGGACAAACUCAAACUGUUACUCGUGAGGCACCAACGAUCACCCAAGCUUCUGUUCAUUGUAAGAACAAACACAUACUCUCUUUUCAGCAGUUUGUCAAUAUUCAUUAGAUGUAUUCCUUUUUGUGAUUUUCUAGUUCGACUUUAGGCACCCUAACUUAGGUUUGAUUUGUGGGUAGGAAGGUCACGGUGGGUUAAACUGAUUUUGCCAGAAUAACCAUGUAUAUAUAUCAUAUAUAUCAUAUAUUUUCAUCUAUA